GACUUUAUCCAAUUGGACAUAUGAAUUUGACAAAUGGGCUCCUUCUGUGGUGAAGAUAUCUUACAAGGGUACACCUGCAAUGCGCCGCUCACUUGUUCCUCAGCUUCGAAGUGGAAAAUUCAAUGUUCUUUUAACUACUUAUGAGUACAUAAUAAAGGACAAACAUAUCCUUGCUAAGAUUCGGUGGAAAUACAUGAUAGUAGAUGAAGGCCAUCGAAUGAAGAACCAUCACUGCAAGCUGACUCAAGUCUUGAAUACUCACUAUGUGGCCCCUAGGCGAAUACUGCUGACUGGGACUCCAUUGCAGAACAAAUUGCCUGAACUUUGGGCUCUUCUCAAUUUCCUUCUACCAACCAUUUUCAAGAGCUGUAGCACCUUUGAACAGUGGUUCAACGCUCCAUUUGCCAUGACUGGAGAAAGGGUGGACUUAAAUGAGGAAGAAACAAUUCUGAUCAUACGUCGUCUCCAUAAAGUGCUCCGACCCUUCUUGCUGAGAAGAUUGAAGAAAGAAGUUGAAUCUCAACUGCCAGAAAAGGUGGAAUAUGUGAUCAAAUGUGAUAUGUCAGCUCUUCAGAAGAUCCUGUACCGUCACAUGCAAGCUAAAGGAAUUCUUCUCACAGAUGGCUCUGAAAAAGACAAGAAGGGAAAAGGUGGGGCAAAAACUCUUAUGAACACUAUCAUGCAAUUGCGAAAGAUAUGCAAUCACCCAUACAUGUUUCAACACAUUGAGGAAUCCUUCGCUGAGCAUUUAGGCUACUCCAAUGGUGUCAUCAACGGAGCUGAACUUUAUCGAGCCUCAGGGAAGUUUGAGCUACUCGAUCGUAUUCUACCAAAGUUACGAGCUACUAACCAUCGUGUGCUUCUUUUCUGUCAAAUGACAUCACUCAUGACCAUUAUGGAAGACUACUUUGCAUUUCGAAAUUUCCUUUACCUGCGUCUCGAUGGCACAACAAAAUCAGAGGAUCGAGCUGCUCUGUUGAAGAAGUUCAAUGAACCUGGAUCACAAUACUUUAUCUUCUUGCUGAGUACAAGGGCUGGAGGACUAGGCUUAAAUCUCCAGGCUGCUGACACUGUUAUAAUCUUUGAUAGUGACUGGAAUCCUCACCAGGACUUGCAGGCCCAAGAUAGAGCUCACCGAAUUGGUCAGCAGAAUGAAGUUCGAGUCCUGCGAUUGUGCACUGUGAACAGUGUGGAAGAGAAGAUACUUGCUGCUGCAAAGUAUAAGCUGAAUGUAGAUCAAAAAGUAAUUCAGGCUGGAAUGUUUGAUCAGAAAUCUUCAAGCCAUGAAAGGAGAGCCUUCCUGCAGGCUAUACUGGAACACGAGGAAGAAAAUGAGGAGGAAGAUGAAGUUCCUGAUGAUGAGACUCUGAAUCAGAUGAUAGCUCGACGUGAGGAGGAGUUUGAUCUCUUUAUGCGCAUGGACAUGGACCGUCGCAGAGAGGAUGCCAGGAACCCAAAGCGCAAGCCUCGCUUGAUGGAAGAGGAUGAGUUACCAUCCUGGAUUAUUAAAGAUGAUGCUGAAGUUGAAAGGCUUACAUGUGAAGAAGAAGAAGAGAAAAUAUUCGGAAGGGGAUCCCGUCAACGCAGAGAUGUGGACUACAGUGAUGCUCUUACGGAGAAACAGUGGCUGCGG